CCUACAUCACCGACAAUGGGUACACAGACAUAUCCUACAUCACCGACAAUUGUUACACAGACAUAUCCUACAUCACCGCCACCACAGGCAUAUCCUACAUCACCGACAAUGGUUACACAGACAUAUUCUACAUCACCGACACCACAAGCAUAUCCUACAUCACCGACACCACAGGCAAUAUCCUACAUCACCGACACUGGUUACACAGGCAUAUCCUACAUCACCGACAAUGGUUACACAGGCAUAUCCUACAUCACCGACAAUGGUUACACAGACAAAUCCUACAUCACCGACAAUGGUUACACAGACAAAUCCUACAUCACCGACACUGGUUACACAGGCAAUAUCCUACAUCACCGAAAAUGGUUACACAGGCAUAUCCUACAUCACCGACACUGGUUACACAGGCAUAUCCUACAUCACCGACACAUAUCCUACAUCACCGACAAUGGUUACACAGACAUAUCCUACAUCACCGACAAUGGUUACACAGGCAUAUCCUACAUCACCGACAAUGGUUACACAGACAUAUCCUACAUCACCGACAAUUGUUACACAGACAUAUCCUACAUCACCGACACCACAGGCAUAUCCUACAUCACCGACAAUGGUUACACAGGCAUAUCCUACAUCACCGACAAUGGUUACACAGACAUAUCCUACAUCACCGACAAUGGUUACACAGACAUAUCCUACAUCACCGACAAUGGUUACACAGACAUAUCCUACAUCACCGACAAUGGUUACACAGACAUAUCCUACAUCACCGACAAUGGUUACACAGGCAUAUCCUACAUCACCGACAAUGGUUACACAGACAUAUCCUACAUCACCGACAAUGGUUACACAGGCAUAUCCUACAUCACCGACAAUGGUUACACAGACAUAUCCUACAUCACCGACAAUGGUUACACAGGCAUAUCCUACAUCACCGACAAUGGUUACACAGACAUAUCCUACAUCACCGACAAUGGUUACACAGACAUAUCCUACAUCACCGACAAUGGUUACACAGGCAUAUCCUACAUCACCGACAAUGGUUACACAGACAUAUCCUACAUCACCGACAAUGGUUACACAGGCAUAUCCUACAUCACCGACAAUGGUUACACAGACAUAUCCUACAUCACCGACAAUGGUUACACAGGCAUAUCCUACAUCACCGACAAUGGUUACACAGACAUAUCCUACAUCACCGACAAUGGUUACACAGGCAUAUCCUACAUCACCGACAAUGGUUACACAGACAUAUCCUACAUCACCGACAAUGGUUACACAGGCAUAUCCUACAUCACCGACAAUGGUUACACAGACAUAUCCUACAUCACCGACAAUGGUUACACAGGCAUAUCCUACAUCACCGACAAUGGUUACACAGACAUAUCCUACAUCACCGACAAUGGUUACACAGGCAUAUCCUACAUCACCGACAAUGGUUACACAGACAUAUCCUACAUCACCGACAAUGGUUACACAGGCAUAUCCUACAUCACCGACAAUGGUUACACAGACAUAUCCUACAUCACCGACAAUGGUUACACAGGCAUAUCCUACAUCACCGACAAUGGUUACACAGACAUAUCCUACAUCACCGACAAUGGUUACACAGGCAUAUCCUACAUCACCGACAAUGGUUACACAGACAUAUCCUACAUCACCGACAAUGGUUACACAGACAUAUCCUACAUCACCGACAAUGGUUACACAGGCAUAUCCUACAUCACCGACAAUGGUUACACAGACAUAUCCUACAUCACCGACAAUGGUUACACAGACAUAUCCUACAUCACCGACAAUGGUUACACAGGCAUAUCCUACAUCACCGACAAUGGUUACACAGACAUAUCCUACAUCACCGACAAUGGUUACACAGGCAUAUCCUACAUCACCGACAAUGGUUACACAGACAUAUCCUACAUCACCGACAAUGGUUACACAGGCAUAUCCUACAUCACCGACAAUGGUUACACAGACAUAUCCUACAUCACCGACAAUGGUUACACAGGCAUAUCCUACAUCACCGACAAUGGUUACACAGACAUAUCCUACAUCACCGACAAUGGUUACACAGGCAUAUCCUACAUCACCGACAAUGGUUACACAGACAUAUCCUACAUCACCGACAAUGGUUACACAGGCAUAUCCUACAUCACCGACAAUGGUUACACAGACAUAUCCUACAUCACCGACAAUGGUUACACAGGCAUAUCCUACAUCACCGACAAUGGUUACACAGACAUAUCCUACAUCACCGACAAUGGUUACACAGGCAUAUCCUACAUCACCGACAAUGGUUACACAGACAUAUCCUACAUCACCGACAAUGGUUACACAGGCAUAUCCUACAUCACCGACAAUGGUUACACAGACAUAUCCUACAUCACCGACAAUGGUUACACAGGCAUAUCCUACAUCACCGACAAUGGUUACACAGACAUAUCCUACAUCACCGACAAUGGUUACACAGGCAUAUCCUACAUCACCGACAAUGGUUACACAGACAUAUCCUACAUCACCGACAAUGGUUACACAGGCAUAUCCUACAUCACCGACAAUGGUUACACAGACAUAUCCUACAUCACCGACAAUGGUUACACAGGCAUAUCCUACAUCACCGACAAUGGUUACACAGACAUAUCCUACAUCACCGACAAUGGUUACACAGGCAUAUCCUACAUCACCGACAAUGGUUACACAGACAUAUCCUACAUCACCGACAAUGGUUACACAGGCAUAUCCUACAUCACCGACAAUGGUUACACAGACAUAUCCUACAUCACCGACAAUGGUUACACAGGCAUAUCCUACAUCACCGACAAUGGUUACACAGACAUGUCCUACAUCACCGACAAUGGUUACACAUACAUAUCCUACAUCACCGACAAUGGUUACACAGACAUGUCCUACAUCACCGACAAUGGUUACACAGACAUAUCCUACAUCACCGACACUGGUUACACAGACAUGUCCUUCAUCACCGACACCACAGACAUGUCCUACAUCACCGACAAUGGUUACACAGGCAUAUCUUACAUCACCGACACUGGUUACACAGGCCACACUCGGGUUGUGGUCUAUAAAUCACUCUUGUUGGCCCGGAUAUUAGCGCCACACUCCGGUUGUGGUCUAUAAAUCACUCUUGUUGGCCCGGAUAUUAGCGCCACACUCGGGUUGUGGUCUAUAAAUCACCCUUGUUGGCCCGGAUAUUAGCGCCACACUCGGGCUGUGGUCUAUAAAUCACUCUUGUUGGCCCGUAUAUUAGCGCCACCCUCGGGCUAUAGUCUAUAAAUCACUCUUGUUGGCCCGGAUAUUAGCGCCACACUCGGGCUGAGGUCUGUUGUAGCUAGGACGUCGUCGGAAAACCCAUGUUCGAUUGUACUAGCGGUUUUUGAUAAAGUGUCCUUCUGCAAUCGAAAUGGAGCAUAGGUCACAUAUUUUAUUGUUGGUGCAAGUGGAUGAAUAUUAAUAUAUGUUUAUUUAGAGUGCUUUAUGACCAGUAAUAUUUUAUCAUUGUUUCCCUUUGACUAGAACAUUUACUAGGAGGCUAAGGGCGACGCGUCUCAAAGCUGGAAACGUGUUACAGUCGUAUGUUUGAGAUACGAUGGAGUUGCGCAAGUGCCUUUAUUAAAAGAGAAUGGAAGAAUAUUACUUUUGUAUCGAAAGUUAUAAUUUCGGGUUAGUUGAGUUUGAAGGGGACAGGAACAUUUAUCUAGGACAUGAGUGCGUAAUUUUUUGUUACAUCUUUUAGAGUUUUGCCCGGGCUGUUGGUUUGAGUUUCCGAAUUUAUUCAUGAAACACUCUUGGUGAGCUAAGUAACCCUAGAUAUGCAUUUAUGGAAUGAAAUUAUUUGUUUCAACAUUC